UCUCGGAUGCCGCUCCUCGUCCUUUUAGGGUUAGGGUUUCGUCCUCAAUUUCUCGUUCAUUUCUUUCUUUUUGGAUCAUGGAGAUGGAGCUUUUAGCUGAGUAUCCUCACGCUCACAUGGAUCGGCGCCCCCGAAAGAGGGCCAGGUUAGGCUGGGACGUUCCUGAGGCUCCUAAGGCUCAAGUAGGAAUGUUUUGUGGGCAAGAAGUUGGAGAUGUGACAAGCUUUGUAUCAUCGGGGGCACCUUCGGACCUUACUUGUUCUCCUUUAUAUGCUAAGGAAGUGGCUCGAAAUGCUUCCCCUCCUUGGAGAGAAGAUGAUAAAGAUGGCCAUUACAUGUUUGCGCUUGGAGAAAAUUUAACUUCACGCUACAAGAUUCACAGCAAGAUGGGUGAAGGUACUUUUGGCCAAGUUUUGGAAUGCUGGGACAGGGAACGAAGAGAGAUGGUGGCGAUUAAAAUUGUCCGUGGCAUUAAGAAGUAUCGUGAAGCUGCUAUGAUAGAGAUUGAUAUGCUUCAACAGCUUGGGAAGCACGAUAAAAAUGGCGCUCGUUGUGUGCAAAUACGGAACUGGUUUGACUAUCGUAACCAUAUCUGUAUUGUCUUUGAGAAGCUUGGACCAAGUUUAUACGAUUUUCUACGCAAAAACAAUUAUCGACCAUUUCCCAUUGAUCUAGUUCGCGAGCUUGGAAGACAACUGUUGGAAUGUGUUGCAUUUAUGCAUGAUUUGCGACUUAUUCAUACUGAUUUGAAGCCUGAGAACAUACUUCUGGUUUCUUCAGAGUACAUAAAAGUACCUGAUUACAAGGUUUCUUCUCGAUCACCAAAGGAUGGUUCCUAUAGUAAAAGAUUACCAAAAUCGAGUGCAAUCAAAGUAAUUGAUUUUGGUAGCACAACUUACGAUCAUCAAGAUCAUACAUAUAUUGUCUCUACUAGACAUUAUCGGGCCCCUGAGGUUAUCUUGGGGCUUGGAUGGAGCUACCCAUGUGAUAUUUGGAGUGUUGGUUGUAUCUUGGUGGAACUUUGUUCGGGUGAAGCAUUGUUUCAGACGCAUGAGAACUUGGAGCACCUGGGUAUGAUGGAGAGGGUGUUGGGUCCCCUCCCUCAACAUAUUCUAAAGAGAGCAGAUCGACAUGCGGAGAAAUACAUAAGAAGAGGUCGGCUCAAUUGGCCACAAGGUGCUACAUCCAGGGAAAGCAUUAAAGCUGUUCUAAAACUGCCCCGCCUACAGAACCUGGUGAUGCAGCAUGUGGAUCAUUCAGCAGGGGAACUUAUUCAUCUGUUGCAAGGACUUCUUAAGUAUGAUCCUUCUGAUAGAUUGACAGCUCAUGAAGCACUUGGGCAUCCAUUUUUUUCAAGAUACCAUGGGAGGUCAUAGAAUCAAAAGUAUCAUUCACUGUGACAAGCGCCAUCAAUUACAUGUUCACCAACUGUAUUAAAUCAUGUAUCGGCCCCUGCAGGUGUUCCAAUUAUAUCCUAACCCAAUGUGUUAGAAGUAUAAAAAUUUACCUCUUCGCCGCACACUUACCUGCAAUCUCUGUUCAUUUGCAGAGUGGUUACAAUACGUGUACAGUGUAAAUUGGAGAAUUUUAUUCAAGUAUUUAAACCUGUCUACAAAAUAGAUAAGCAAUUUUCUGCUUUUGUAAUGGUC